GCGCGCGCGGUGGACUCGGCGGCCGCCAGUAGUUAGUUAGUUGUUAGUCCGUGUCAGUUGCUCGGCGGCGGCGGCGGCGGUCACCAGGAAGGGGACGCGGACGGGCGGCGACGGAGCUCCCCGCGGGGCGGUGCGCCCCCCUCACCCCUCAGGUAACUGCCUAACCUGGAACUUCUGCUGUAGAUGCUUCUUGGUGGUUUGUCUAGAAGCCUAAGUAAAUAUCGCUAUCUUCAGAAAUACCAGAAGAAAUGAGAGGCAAGGAAGAAAGGUCAUUUAUCUUGGAAAGACCCAAAGGACAUUGCCGUUGUAAAGGAAUGUAACACCAGCUGCUAAAACUGCCGCUGCCACCAGAAUCCAUGACGUGCGUCAAAUUUAAACGGUUGGGAGCCGGGCCGGGGCCCGCAGCAGGUGCCCGCGGCGCGCGGCGGCUCGGGGCGGCCCCGCACUGACGGACGCGGACGCGCGCCCGGCCCCGCCCGCCCGGGAAGAUGUCCGCCUGCGGCGCCUUCACGGAGCACGUGUGGAAGCCCGGCGAGUGCAAGAACUGCUUCAAGCCCAAGAGCUUACACCAGCUGCCCGCCGCCGCGGGGCCCGGCCCCGCCGCGCACGGCGACCCGAGGACCAACGCCAACCACAGCAACAACCACCGCGCCCGGGCCGCGGGCUUCCGGCCGCCCGUGGCCAAGAAGCCCACGAUCGCCGUGAAGCCCACCAUGAUGGUGGCCGAGGGGCCCGGCGCGCCCGAGCGGGGCGAGAGCAAGCCCGCGCCCCCGGGGUGGAGCCGGAGCCGGGCGCCCGCGGGCCCCCAGCCGCCCUCCGGCGACCACGAUGACCACGACGAGAACAACAACCCCGGGGAGCCCCCCGCGGGCAGCGGCCCGGCCCCGCCGCCGGGGCCCGGCCACCACCACGGCGGCAGCCACGGGCUGGCCGAGGUGCUGAAGGAGGUGGCGGGCCUGGGCCCCGGCCCCCGGCGCCCGCGCCAGCUUCCUGGGCCGCAUCAGCGACUGCUACAAGCGCUCGCUGGAGCGCGCGCCCCCGCCCAGCUGCCUGCAGGCCGGCGGGCGCGAGGCGCCGGGGCCCGCGCGGCGCGUGGCCCUGAGCGGGGCCGCCCAGGUCAUCAGCCGCGAGGGCGGCCGCUUCUGCUACCCCGAGCUGUCGAGCGGGGAGGAGAGCGAGGAGGACGCGCCCCGGGGGCCCCCGGAGGCGGCGCCGGCGGCCGGGGAGGACGAGAGCUGGGGCGAGAGCGACGAGGAGCUGCUGGCCAUGGAGAUCCGCAUGCGCGGGCAGCCGCGCUUCGCCAACCUGCGCGCCGGCACGCUGUCGCCGGUGCGGGGCCUGGCGGGCGGGAAGUGGAACACGGUCCCGCUGCGGCACCGGUCCCUGCAGCGGAUCUGCGCCGUGGACUACGACGACAGCUACGACGAGAUCCUCAACGGCUACGAGGGCGCCGCCAACGCCGCCGCCGCGCCCAGCACCGGCUCGUCGGGCUCCGCCUCGCCCGCGUCCUCCCUCACCGAGGACUCCCGCUCCGAGCCCGCCCGCAGCCCGCCCCGGGGGCUGUGCAACGGCGAGCCGGCCCCGGCCGCCGCCGCCCGGGCCCCCGAGACGCACAAGGCCGUGCUGGCCCUGCGGCUGGAAGAGCGGGACGGGAAGAUGGCCGUGCAGCGGGACGAGCGGGGCGGCGGCGCCCCCGCGGACGCGGCGGGGCCCGCGGUGGCCGUCAGCCUGGUCCCCGCCGAGGAGCGCGCCCAGCCCUACCGCGUGGUGAGCCUGGAGCAGCCGCUGUGCAAGCCGUACACGGUGGUGGACGUGUCCGCCGCCAUGGCCGGCGAGCGCCGCCCCCCCGGGCCCGCGGGCUCGGCCUCCACCCCCAGCUCGCCCGCCACGUCCCCCGCGCCCGCCCCCGGACCGCCCGGCGCCCGCCUCCCGCCGUCCAGCGCCACCCGCUACCAGGAGGUGUGGACCUCCAGCACCAGCCCCCGGCAGAAGCUGCCCCGGGCGGCGCGGACGCCGGACGCGGCCGGGCCGGGGGGCCCCGCGGGCAAGAGCUGCCACAAGUCGGCGCCCACCUCGCCCACGGCCACCGGCGCCGCCUCCAGAACCAUCCCCGUCAAGUCGCCCAACCUGUCCGAGAUCAAGUUCAACAGCUACAACAACGCGGGCAUGCCGCCCUUCCCCAUCAUCAUCCACGACGAGCCCAGCUACGCGCGCAGCGCCAAGGCCGCCAUCAAGGUGCCCAUCGUCAUCAACCCCAGCGCCUACGACAACCUGGCCGUCUACAAGAGCUUCCUGGGCUCGCGCGCGGAGCCGGCGGCCCCGGAGAAGGCCGCGGGCGCGCCCGGCCACACGUACGAGGAGAUCGAGGCCCAGAGCCGGGCCGCGGGGCCCGGAGAGCCCCGCCGGAGCCCGCGCCCGCGCCCGCACCCACGCCCGCGGCGGGCGGCCACGCCCGGGAGAAGGCGAGCGCCGCGCUGUCGCAGAUGGUGGCGUCCAUCCAGCCGCCCCCGGCCCCGCCCGCGCCCGCGCCCGCCGCGGGGACCACGCCGCCGAGCGCCCCGGCCAGGCCCAAGUCGCUGCUGCCGCCCCAGCCCGGCGGGGAGCCCGCGGCGGCCCCGGAGCCGGCGCCCCCCUUCCCGCCGCCGCGCUCCACGUCCUCCCCGCACCACGCGGCCGGCAGCCUGCUGCACCGGCACCUGGCCGGCUGGGCCCGGCCCGCGGGCGCCCCGCGCGCCGCCGAGGCCGAGGCCGCCCUGCACGCCGAGGGCGGCCGGCGCGCGGCCGACGCCAAGCCCAAGCGCUGGAUCUCCUUCAAGAGCUUCUUCCGCCGCCGCAAGGCCGACGAGGAGGAGGAGCGCGAGAAGGAGCGCGGGAAGGGGAAGCUGGUGGGCCUGGACGGCACCGUCAUCCACAUGCUGCCCCCGCCCCCGGCCCAGCGCCACCACUGGUUCGCGGAGGCCCGAGGAGAGGCCAGCGAGAAGCCCGCCAUCGUCUUCAUGUACCGCUGCGACCCGGCCCAGGCGGACAGCGGCGGGGCCGCGCAGGGAAGCGCCGCCGAGGAGGCCCCGCCGUGGGGCCCCGAGGAGAAGAGGAGCCCUCGUCCUCGUCCUCCCUCGCCCCGGGCGGGAAGCGGCCCCAGUCACGUGACCCAUGAAGUGCCAGAGGGAUUGUCUCCUCAGGAUCCAAAGACCGUUCCCGGGAAGCAAGAUGGCACUUGCGUCACACCAGCCCCGCCCGCCCCCGACCUGGAAAGGGAAGAGGAAAAAGAUGACGGUUCAGAGCCCGUAGACCCCAAUGCCUGUAGUGCAACGUACAGCAACCUGGGACAAUCCAGAGCAGCCAUGAUACCGCCCAAGCACCCACGGCAGCCCAAGGGGGCUUCGGAGGACGCCAUUGCCUUUGGGGAGAGAGCAGAGCAGGAAGCCCGGAGCACCUCCCAAGCCACGCCGCCCCCACUGCCAAAGAAGACGGUGAUCAGAGCCAACACGGAGCCGCUCUCCAGAGACCUGCAGAGGGCCCUGGAGAGCGGCCUGUGCGUGGUGGCCAACCCCACCUACGACAUGGACCCGGGCUGGGACGCCAGCAGCGCGGGCUCCUCCCUCAGCUGCGACCUCAGGGGCGGGGAGGGCGGGGAGGGUGGGGAGAGCGGCUCCUGGGACUCACUGGAGAGGCCCGCCGCCCCCUCCACCGCCCACAGCGCCCGCAGCACCUGCAGCCUGGCCGCCCUGGGCACCCAGGACAGGUUCUCCCACAGCACCGAGUCCCUGCCCUGCAGACAGGCCCGGGGCCUCCCGAAGCCGCAGAGGCAGGCCGCCCUCUACCAGGGCCUGGGGAGCCGGGACGAGGUGGUGGGGAAGAUCCGAAGCCUGCACACGGAGGCCUUGAAGAAGCUGGCCGUCAAGUGCGAGGACCUCUUCAUGGCGGGCCAGAAAGACCAGCUCCAGUUCGGCGUGGACAGCUGGUCGGACUUCAGGCUGACGAGCGACAAGCCCUGCUGCGAGGCCGGAGACGCCGUCUACUACACGGCGUCCUACGCCAAGGACCCGCUCAACAACUACGCGGUGAAGAUCUGCAGGGGCGACGCGCAGGAGGCGGAGCAGUACUACCACAGCCUGGCCGUGCGCCAGAGCCUGGCCGUGCACUUCAACAUCCAGCAGGACUGCGGCCACUUCCUGGCCGAGGUGCCCAGCCGCCUGCUGCCCUGGGCGGGGGGCGCGCGCCCCGACGGCGCGCAGCGGAGCCACGUGGUGGUGAUCACGCGCGAGGUGCCGCGGCUCACCGUGGCCGACUUCGUGCGGGACUCGCAGGCGCGGCACGGCGCCAGCCCGGACGCGUACGAGCGCCAGGUGUGCCUGCUGCUGCUGCAGCUGUGCGCGGGCCUGGAGCACCUGAAGCCGCACCACGUGACGCACGGCGACCUGCGGCCCGAGAACCUGCUGCUGGUGCCCGCCGCGGGCCCGGGCCCCGCGCGCCUCCUCGUGAGCAACUUCGCGCGGGCCCAGCGGAAGCGGCGGCCGCGGGGCCCCGAGGCGCUGCGCGAGCAGGCGCGCCUGGCCCCCGAGGUGCUGCCCGGCGCGCAGUUCCGGCGCGGCGACGAGUUCCAGACGGGCAUCCUGGUGUACGAGCUGCUGCACCUGCCCAACCCCUUCGCGCAGCGCCCGGGGCUCCGCGAGCGCGCGUACUCGCGGGCCGACCUGCCGCGCGUGCCGCUGCGCUCGCCCUACUCGCGCGGCCUGCAGCGCCUGGCGGGCCGCCUGCUGCACCCGGACCCCGCGGGGCGGCUGCGCGUGGCCGAGGCGCGCGCCGCGCUGCAGUGCCUGCUGUGGGGCCCGCGCGAGGACCUGCGCCGCGCCCUGGCCGCCGCCCCGGGCCCCGCGCCGCGCGCCGCGCUGCUGCAGAACUGGCUGGACGUGAAGCGGACGCUGCUGGUGAUCCGGCUCGCCGAGGCCGCGCUCGAGCGCCCGGGCGCCGUGGGCCUCGAGGACUGGCUGUGCGCGCAGUACCUGGCCGCCGCCACGCCCGACGCGCUGGCCGGCGCCCUGGACGUGCUGCAGCAGCCGUGA